CGGGCAUGGGCGCCGACGAUGUUGCGCGGCUCGAGGUCAUGCUGCCGUUUGCGGCGCUGGCGAAUACCGUGCCGCUGCUGUUCUGGUUUCUGGGGUUUGUGUUCUCGCGGAGGGAGCUGGUGGGCGCCUUGAGGGAGGAGGUCGAGGCUGCGUUGGUUGUUGGGCGGACUGAGGAUGCGGAGGCGGGUGGUGGUGGUGGUGGCGCGUCGGUCACGCUGCGGACCGGCCCGGCCGUGGAGGAGCGGUGUCCCCGCCUGAUGAGCUGCUACCGGGAGACGCUGCGAUACACGGUGCACCAGGUCAUCACGCGCACCGCCAUGCAGGAUACCGUUCUGGUGGGCCGGGACGGCAGGGAGUACCUGCUGAAGGAAGGCAGCGUGGUGCAGAUGUCUAUUGGCGCGUCGCAUACGCAGGCCGAGUUCUGGGGCGAGGACGUGGACGAGUUCAAGCCGGGCCGGUUCCUGAGCCAGAGCCAGGGCGGCCACAAGGGCGGCAGCGACGGCGGGGACGGCCCCGGCAGUGUCAAGGCUAUGCGGGCGGCACUCCAGCCGUUCGGCGGCGGCACCCAUCUCUGCCCAGGGCGGCACUUCGCCUUUGCCGAAAUCAUGGCUGUUAUGUCCACUCUGCUCCUCGGCUUCGAGAUCGAGCCGCUGGGCGGCGACUGGACCCUGCCCCCGUUUGCCACGCGGUCCCUGAUCGACGCCGUGACGAAGCCCGCCAAGCACGGCGAGGGGUUUGGCAUCAAGAUCAAGAGGAGGCCGGGCUGGGAAGACGUCCGGUGGAAUUUUGAGCUGUAAGCGGGGGCUCUACGAGUCAGGGUGAGAAUACUCCUAGCAAAGCAAAAGGACGUGCACUGCUCGUUACGUGCUAACGAGUGGUUUUUGCUGGAAUAAGUCAAAAACAAGGUCAAGGUUAUUCUUUGAGCUCGGCUUGUCAACUAAGUUGGUGGAAUGCCCCCAAUGCGGUGGGUUAUAUUCAGUCUUCCUUCCCUCAUAUCGUGGCAUCACUCAUACCGAUGAAUCCUCAACCUGGGCGCCAUUAGCCAGCUUUGCUGCUGUUGUCGUCUGUCUCUGGUGCACCCCGAGCAAUUCCCCGCGUCCCCGACCCAGCCCAUCAAGGAAGUCCAAUCCAGCAUGCCCUUCUCGCCCGUGAUUAGACGGUCGAUCUGCCCGAGGGAGCGAU